UGGUGGUGUGCUUGUGCGGCGCCCAGCAUUAGUCGUGCGAAAGCGUCAGGUCCGCUUUUGGGUGCUCCACCUGGCCGGUCCUGCGCUCUGUUAGCACCAAAACUCGCCUCUGGUCGUUGAUAAGGUACUGUACCUGUCACUUAGCCUGCCAAUUUGCUUACCCCGAAAUCUUAUUUACUCUCGCUUUCCCCUCAUCCUUGCGAGCCCAUCCCGUUUCCCCCUCUUUUGUUUAUAAUCCGUGUUUUGCGUGGUGUCGUUCUUUGUUCAUCAAGCUGGGGCUGUUUGUCUGUCUGUCGUCGCUGCUGCCGUUUUCAGACACACACUCUGUCCGUCCCCUUCACCACUUACCCCCGCCUGGCCGCCAGCAACGUAUUUUUUGCGACCGCGGUAGAGAUUCAUUUUUUCAAUCUCUCUUUUUCCCCAUAACACAGUCAAUCCUCGAAUAUCUUCACAAUGGGCUCUCCAGCGGAUGCCGUCAAAGGCUCCGGCUCAUCCAACAACUCAGCCCGCGAUAGCAACGAAAAGACGGGCGAUAAGCUACAGAAGCCCACGAGCACCUCCAAGAACGAGGCCGAUCUCGAGACAGGCGACCAGGAGCAGGGCCUCAGCAGAGACCUCCAUGGCCGUCACUUGCAGUUCAUCGCCAUUGGCGCUGCCCUAGGUACCGGCCUCUUCCUCGGUAUCGGCAAGACACUGGCUAUUGCUGGCCCCGGCUCGCUCUUUGUCGCCUUCCUCUUUGUCGGCUCCAUUGUCUAUUCCGUCAUGGUUGGCCUCGGCGAGAUGGCCGCAUAUAUUCCCGUUGCUGGUUCAUUUACUGUCUACGCAUCUAGAUUUAUCGACCCCACGCUCGGUUUCUCCAUGGGCUGGAUCUACUGGUUUAGUUGGGUCAUUACCUGGGGCCUGGAGCUUACCGCUGCCGGCCAGAUUAUUCAAUUCUGGAACCCCGAUCUCAGCAUAGGUAUCUGGAUCGCCGUCUUUUGGGUACUCUUUACCGCAGCAAACUUUUUACCCAUUCGAUGGUUUGGUGAAAUCGAAAUGUGGCUGUCCAGUAUCAAGGUCGUCACUGUCGUUGGCUUCAUCAUCUUCUCCAUUUGCAUCAACGCCGGUGCCAGCCCCCAGGGCUACAUUGGAUUCAAGUACUGGAACAACCCUGGCGCGUUCCGUGAGUACGCUACGUUUGACUCGGAUACCCUUGCGCGCACCGUUCCCGUUACUGGUGCUACCGGCCAAUUCAUUGCCUUCUGGGCUACUCUCAUCACUGCCGGCUUCAGUUUCCAAGGUACUGAGUUGGUUGGUGUCGGUGCUGGUGAAACCAGCAACCCCAGCAAGACCAUCCCUUCUGCUAUCCGCUGGACCUUCUGGGCCAUCUUUACCCUCUUCAUGGGCACCGUCUUCUUUGUCGGCAUCAACGUGCCUGCUGACAACGAAAGUCUCCUUAGCAGUAACCAAAACGCCAGCGCCUCUCCCCUCGUCAUUGUCGCCACACUUGCCAGUGUCAAGGCCCUCCCAUCCAUCAUUAACGCUGUUUUGCUUACCGCAGUUCUCUCCGCCGCUAACUCCGAUCUCUACUCGAGCAGUCGUAUUCUGAUUGGUCUUGCUGAGGAAGGCCACGCACCCGCCUUCUUCAAGAAGACCAACCAAUGGGGCACUCCCGUGUACAGCGUCAUUGCCUGUACCGUGUUUGGCUUCCUUGCCUUCCUCAACCUCAGCGAAAACGGUGGUGUCGUCUUUGGCUGGCUCCUCAGCAUCACUUCAGUUGCCGGCUUCAUUACUUGGGCCCUCAUCAACCUCUGCCACAUCCGAUUCAUGAAGGUGCUGGCUGCUCACGACAUCAACCGCCAGGACCUGCCUUAUGUCGCACCCUUCCAACCGUACCUGUCCUACUUUGGUCUCUUUUUCAACGUUUUGAUUCUCAUCACCAGCGGCUUCACAGUAUUCCUCCACUGGAAUACAAGCGAUUUCUUUGCGGCAUAUGUCAGCGUUCUCAUUUUCGUGGUGGCAUACAUCGGCCACAAGCUCAUUUUCCGAACCAAGGUCAUUCCUCUGGCCGAGGUGGAUAUUGUCCGCGGACGCACAGCGUAAAGAACCACCAAAAAAUGGAAGCCAAAUGGCUUGCCGUAUGAUUUCGAUGUGUUGGAUGCAUUUGUACGGGGGAAGAGCGAUUGGUCUUGCAUCUUUUUUUAUCAGCAUAUUAUUGUAUUGGAUUCGUGUGGUGUUUAUAAACCUCUCCGUAUAUCCGUGUUUCAAAGCCACCUGCAAAUAGUUUUAUUUGGCAUGUUUUAUUUUCUUUACUCUCUCGUUCUCUCUGUGAUAUGACUUGACUCCUACGAUGUGCUACGGAUCGACACUGCUUGAGGCUCAAUUAAUUACUGGCACAAAGCCAGCCCAGCCUAACCCAGCCAGCCACCUCGUGCUGUAAUACCCGUGCGAAUCGGGGCCAUGCAUUAGCGUGGAUUUUGUGUAAUGCAGACAUUAUCAGCCCGCUGCUGCAACCUGGCUGGGCACAGGGCAAAAAUUGUUGGGGAAGUGGACGAGGCGCUAGUCCAUACAAGGAAUUGCAUCACAUGCCCCUACCUGUUGGCUACUCAUUCUUCCUUUGACGCGCACAGUUCGGUGACGCAUUUGCCAUGGAUUUUGUUUUGGCCAUGUCGGUCAAGGAUUUUGCUAUUUUUUUCACUUGUUGGAUUUGCAGGACCGCAGCCGUCUCCGGCUAAUCCCCCACCGUUUGCUUCUAUGGGCCUUGGUUCUGUUGCCACCCGUUGCGUUGACUAUGUGGCAAGGCUGAUGGAUAACGGUAGGGACGCAGAGUUUCCUCCGUUCCUAACCGUCUACUACUUACUGAGGAAAU